AUGCGUUACCCCUCUUCCAUCCACCAGCUGCUGCUAGCAGCGCUGUUGACAGUAUCUCUGGGAGUGGCCAACCGACUGCUGCUAGCAGCGCUGCUGACAGUGUCUCUGGGAGUGGCCAACCGAGUGCUCUACAAUCUGACCCCCACGUCUUCCUCUCCCUCACUUCACCCCCACGCUCAUAUCUUGCUCCUCUCACUUUCCCAGCUGCUGCUAUUGGCACUGCUGACAGUAUCUCUGGGAGUGGCGAACCGAGUGCUCUACAAUCUCGCCGUCAUUCCGAUGUGCCGCUACCCCUUCUUCCUCUCGCAGCUCACCACAUUCGGCUACGUGGCAGUCUAUUCCAUUAUCCUCCUCGCACACCUGACAUGCUACGUGGCCGUCUAUUCCAUCAUCCUCCUCGCGCGCACCUCCCUCAAUAUAGUCACACCCGACAUGCUCUCGCUGCCCAAGAGCCCCUUCAUGCUCAUGGGGCUGCUAGAAGGAGCAGGACUCGCAUUGGGCAUAAUUGCUGCUGGUGCGAACAUCAUCCCCUCUGCUCCGCUAUCCUUACCCUCUGCUCCCGUGCCCUUCCUGCUGCCCCCCCUCUGCCCCCCCUCUGCCCCCCCUCUGCCCCCCCGCUGCCCCCCCUCUGCCCCCCCUCUGCCCCCCCUCUGCCCCCCCUCUGCCCCCCCCUCUGCCCCCCCCGCUGCCCCCCCUCUGCCCCCCUCUCUGCCCCCCCUCUGCCCCCCCGCUGCCCCCCUUCUGCCCCCCCUCUGCCCCCCCGCUGCCCCCCCCUCUGCCCCCCCUCUGCCCCCCCUCUGCCCCCCCUCUGCCCCCCCUCUGCCCCCCCCGCUGCCCCCCCGCUGCCCCCCCUCUGCCCCCCCCUCUGCCCCCCCGCUGCCCCCCCUCUGCCCCCCCCUCUGCCCCCCCUCUGCCCCCCCUCUGCCCCCCCUCUGCCCCCCCUCUGCCCCCCCUCUGCCCCCCCUCUGCCCCCCCGCUGCCCCCCCUCUGCCCCCCCGCUGCCCCCCCUCUGCCCCCCCUCUGCCCCCCCUCUGCCCCCCCGCUGCACCCCCGCUGCCCCCCCUCUGCCCCCCCUCAUCCCAGUGCUCUCAAAGGUACGCCCUUCCUCCUCGCUGCCGUUCUGCACCGCACACAACCUCUGUGUUCCCGUUCUUCGCCCUGCAGGUCUUCCUGGUCUUCCUGGUGUGGCAGCUCACCUUCUCUUAUGUCUUCCUCGGUCGCCGCUACUCGCUACAGCAGCUUCUGGGAUGCUUCCUCGUGAUUGUGGGGGUUGCGGUGGUGGUGCUCACAAGUGGACCGCCAUUGCAUAUGGUAUCCACGCUAUUAGCUUCUCUGCUAGCAGCAACAGCAAUCCAGUGGCCCCUCCUCUUCCUAUUGUCCACUGUGCUUCCAGCAGCAUCCUCUGUUCUUAAGGAGUCUGUCUUCCGAGAUUCAGCCAAGAAGCUCAACGGUCGCUCGUUGGACAUCUUUGUUGUCAACACCUUCGGAUCAGCCUUCCAGGCGCUUUUAAUCCUCAUCUUGCUGCCGCUCAUCUCCUCUCUGGGAUACAGAAUCCCUCCUGCGCAGCUUCCAGGCUACUUCCGGGAAGGUGCCGCGUGCCUUCUCAACUUCAACCAGGCCGUACCAGGCUGUCAGGGUGCGCCGCUCCUCCCGCUGCUCUACGUGGCAGCCAAUCUAGCGUUCAACAUCUCUCUGCUUGCUCUGCUCAAGAAGUCGUCUGCAUUAGUCGCAUCUCUCUCCAUGACCCUCGUGGUCCCCCUGACAGUGCUAGCCUUCACCUUCCCCCUGCCCCUGCGAGCCCCCCCCCAGCCCCUGAGGGGGGGUGUUGUGGUGGGAACCCUCGUACUGCUGCUGGGGCUGGCUGCUUACAACCUUGCCACGUCUGGGGGAGGAGGGAGAGGCGGAGCAGGAGAGGGGGGGGGCGUUGUGGUGGGGACUCUAGUGCUGCUGCUGGCUGGUUACAACCUUGCCACGCCUGGGGGAGCAGGAGGGGGAGCAGGAGGGGGAGCAGGAGGGGGAGCAGGAGGGAGAGCAGGAGGGGGAGCAGGAGGGGGGGUGAAGUUGGCAGCAGGGAAGGAGGACUAG